AUGUUCCUGACGAUCACUCGAGCCCAUGGGCUGGGCCUUCUCCUUGUCGCCUUGUAUGCCUCCGCCACGGCCGCUGCCAACAUCCUCCCCGCAGCGGCCUCGGCCUCCUUUCCCGAGUGUGGCCUAUCCUGUACCCCCCUCACGCAAGCGCAAGCCAGCUGUGAGAGCGGUGCACAAGCGACCUGGGUCUCGUGUUUCUGUCAAUCCGCUCUCCUGCCGACGUUGAAGACCUCCGGCAGUCUCUGCACGUCCUGCACUGCACCGGCCGACCAAGCGCUUCUGUCGACCUGGUACAACGCCUACUGCAACUCUAAUGGCCAGAACACCGGCAAUACUAGCCCGAGUACGGACACAGCAUCGACCACAGCCGCAGUCGCUUCUCCGACUGCGUCGUCGAGUAAUAGCAUAUCGAACCACGCCUCGACGAGCGAGGUCCAGCCCUCUUGGUGGAGUACUCACUACAAGUGGGUCAUCAUGCUGAUCGUCCUCGCGAUUGGCUUCGGUGCUAUUGCCGCCGUGGGAGCUUAUCUCAAACGCCGUCACGAUGCUAAGAGGGCUAACCUUUACCAUACCGGUGGGCCCAUGGACAGCAGCUCCGGCGUCCUGGAGGGCAACCCUUACUCCCCAUCGAACUCGGAGACAGUGACGACCGUCAAACCCGCCUGGGCUGCGCCCGCGGGCCACGAUACCUCGCAAUCCCUGGCGAGUAGCUCUCGCACAGAGAUCACCACCACACGCGGGGGUAGUACCUUACCUCCGGGGAGCCGCACGCGUCUGCCGAAACCAUCUCAGCCUAACGGUAAUAUUGAGAUCCAUCAACGCCCGUUACGAUGA